CCCAGAGGUCAGUCCACUAACACCCCUUCUUGCAUGCGUUCACAGAUUUUGCUAUCGUCUCUAGUUCCAGAGACAACUGUUCAGGAACCUUCAAGCAGUUCUGUUGUAAAUAAUUUUGAUGAAGAUGAUACAAGCUCACACAAGGAUGAUAAAGUUUUAGACUCUAUCCUAGGAUCAUUUCACCAGGGCGAUAGGCGUUUUAAAUAUGGGGGAGUUCAGUGUGCAGCUAUUACUGUUGUUGCUUUAACAAAGCACAAACAGAAGAGUGUUUUUUCUUGGAACUUUGCCGUGUUGGAUAACGUUGUUGAGUUAGGAGAUGAGCUGUACACAGAUUUGCGCGACAACAAAAAGAUUAGAGGUGGACAUGAGUUUCUCUCUGUUCCAGACUUGCCAAAGGAAAUUGACAUAGAAGAACAGCGUUUUAAGCUUGUUUACGGGGAUUUUGUUUCAGGAGAUGUAGAUGUAGUUGAAGGCGAGUUAAUAGAUGCUGGUGUGUACACUCCUCUCCUGGAUGGAUUGCAGAAGAUGUGCACACAGCAUGAAACUUGCAUUAUGACAUUAAGUGGCAAUACUUGCGCUAUCAUUUGUGAUAAUGGACGUUAUGCUGUAGUAGAUUCCCAUGCACGCUCUGCAGACGGCAUGGUAGACCCGACAGGACAGAGUGUAGUUGUGUACUUUGCAAACCUUGACAAUGUUUUUCAACAUUUUCAGAGGUUUGCUAGUAAACUAGUGGGAUCUCAGAAGUCAUUUGAGAUCACUAGAGUGGAUAUUGUUCAGAUGGACACAUUUAAAAAUGUAUCUGAACAAACAAGCGCAGUACCCACGAAGGCCAAAGGGGAGAAGCGCAAAAGGUCAUCCACAUCCACAGCAUGCAAAAGGACGAAGAUCGAUGAUGUUAAGGAUAUGGACUCUGUUGUUUUUGUUAGUGAUGUUACGACAAAGGUUUUGCAUUUUGAUCCCAUCUCUAGUGAUGUGUCAGAGGUUCUAUGUAAACGGUUGAAUGUGGAGUAUGAAAAGUGUGAUUAUGCUUGUUAUGGUGUUGGUGAGUUGGGUGUACCUUGUGUGAAUGAGGAAAUAGUGGGUGACGGAAACUGUUUUUUCAGGGCAGUAAGUCGAGCUGUUACUGGCACCCAGAAACAUCAUAGAAAAAUUCGGCUCGCUGUGGUAAACCAGUUAAAAAGGAAUCCUCAAACAUAUCAAAGUAUUUUAAGAAGUGAGUAUUCCUCGGUUCCACACUAUCUUAACUCAUCUAGGAUGCAAUAUGUAGGAAACUGGGCAACUGAGGUAGAAAUUCAAGCUGCCACAGAUUAUUUUGGCAUUAACAUUUUCACUUACUGUAAUGAUAAAUGGCUUGAAUACAGCUCCAACAGCAGCAUAUCUAAUCAAGGUGUUUAUUUACAAAAUUGUAAUGGUAACCAUUAUGAGACAGUCAUUUGUGUUAAACAGCCUAACAUGGAAACAUGUUAUGGGUAUUGCAAGACUGUAGAUGAUUCUGGAAAAUGUAACACUCGACGAGCUGCUACUGAACCUUUAAAGCAUCGUUUAGAGACCGUAAAACCUGUGUCUUGUUCUAUAGACGCACAUGAUGCCCGUGUGUUUGAUCAUGCCAAUGCUUUUACUCCUCUGUCUGCAGAUGUUUGUAAAACUCUUUGUAACAUGUUGAAAAUAGAUUAUGACAAACACACUUCCCAAGACUCUACACCAUGUGGGACUUUAGGAAAUGUGUGUAAGACAGAGGAUAUUGUAGAAGAUGGUAAUAGUUUUUUCAGAGCUGUAGCUCAUUCAAUUAGUGGGUCACAGAAAGGCCAUCGUAAGGUCCGACUUUCUGUUGUUUCAUACAUGUUAAAAAAUACUGAACAGUGUGAACAGUUCCUGGGAAAACAACAUGCUUCUGUGUCACAAUAUAUUGAAAAGUCACAGAUGAAGUAUGUAGGUCACUGUGCUACAGAAGUAGAAUGUAGGGCUGCAGCUAAUAUGUUAGGCGUGCACUUAUUUAUUAAUAAUGGCACUGAGUGGAUCAAAUAUAGUCCUAAUUCCAGUAAUUUCAUCAUUGAGGGACUUUAUUUGUCAAAGUGUAAUAAUAAUUUUAAACCUAUUAUUUGCACUAAGCAGGGUGAUAAAGAAACAUGUUUUGGUUUUUGUAAAGUUGAUUCUUUGUCAGACACUGUAAACCGGUGCAGAAGAUCAACAAAAAAGCUGUUAAAUGCUGACCCAAACAUUAAAAGUAUCAAAAUGAAUACAGUUUUGUCUAAAUAUAAAAAACAACAAAGGUAUUUUACAAAAGCCUUUCGAUAUAGAAAUGAAAAUGUGUUUAAUGAAAAAGUUAAAAGUCAGAACAAGAAAUUAUAUAAGACAAGUUUUGUAUGCAGGAUGACAAAGAUCAACUCCAGCAAAUUUAAAUACAAAUUUGUUGCUACACAUAAACAGAAAGUUAAACAGAUGAGUUUAUAUAACUAUCGUCAUAAAUUGUCUCACAGAGAAAAUGUUAAACGGAGGACAAUUUAUGAAUACCACCAUAAUUUGCCUCAUCAGGAAAGAGUUAAACAGAGGGGUAUUCAUGAAUACCACCAUAAUUUAUCUCGUCAAGAAAAAGUAAAAGAGUUGAGUAGAAGGCAGUAUCUUAAAGUUGAACAUAAAACCCGAUUAAUAGAAAGUAUAAAGCAGAAACGAGAGCUGAUUAAAUUAAAGUCACAACACUUUGACUUUGUCACUGAGCAAUUUUUGGAGAAGGUAAAAGAUGGACCUGAUUUUGUGUGUUGUGUAUGCUCUCGAUUGUUAUUUAAACAUCAGGUCUUAAAUUGUCGCAAAGAUUAUUAUAAAAAAAACAAAGAAAUGUCACUUAUAGCAGAUAAAUGUAUAAGUGAAGAUUAUGUGCAUAGAUGCACCAGUGCCUGCAAGUCACCAUGUGAGUUUUUCAGUACAUCUAGAAAUUCAUUGUAUAUCUGUUACACCUGCCAUUAUAAAAUUAACAAUUGUCAAAUACCUCCACAGAGUUCAAUCAACAAACUGACUGUUGAUCCCAUCCCACCUCAGUUGGCACGAUUAAAUACAUUAGAGCAACAUUUGAUAGCUUUAAAUAUACCAUUUAUGAAAAUGUUGGCUCUGCCUAAAGGUGGUCAGAAUGGGAUUCAUGGUCCUGUAACUUGUGUACCAGCAAAUAUAGUUGAAACGUGCAGUUUAUUACCACGCACCAACAUGGAGGGGUCUUUAUUACCUGUAAAGUUAAAACGUAAAUUAACAUAUAAAGGCCAUUAUGAUUAUCAGUAUGUUGACGCAGUGCAUGUUCAGGAAGCUCUUCAGUAUUUAAAACAUCAUAAUUUACAUUACAAGGAUGUACAGUUCAAUGAAGCGUGGAUUAAUGAAUUUUCUCGUGUGGAUGACCAUUCUGUAUCGGAAAAGGACGGUGUUGCUGAUAAAGAUGAGGGUGCGUGCAUAGAAGAGGAUGAAGAUGAACUGCUGCAUGAUCGACAGCAACACUGUAUGUUUCAGGACACCUGUCUCAUGCCAGUGGAUAUAGGACAAGAAGCAUUAGAUCAGUAUGUUGACAACGUGUUAAAUGUAGCUCCUGGUGAAGGUAAUAAUCCAGUGAAAUUGCUUUCUGAUAUUACAAAUGAGGCAAAAUGUUUCCCUGUAUUAUUUCCUUCAGGAUCAAAAACAUACCACGAAAGCCGGCAAUAUAAUUUGACAUUGAAUCGUUAUUUUAACACUAGACUUCUUCACGCUGAUGGGCGAUUUGCUCAUAAUGUUGAAUACAUCUUUUUUGCGCAGUACAUGUCUGAACUGGAGCAGGUUGUGUCUAAAGUUUCUAUAGCUCUGCGUAAAGGUAAAAGUGGUGAAUCCCAUGACUUGCGUAAUUUGGUAAAGGAUCAGGAUUCCUUAAAUAAGCUGUUGGAGUUUGAUGAUGGGUAUCGUUUCCUCAAACCUAUUCGGGGCACACCUGCAUUUUGGCAGACUGCACAACGCGACCUGCUGGCAUGUGUUAGAAUGCUGGGCAAACCUACAUGGUUUGCAUCGUUUUCAUCUGCAGAUAUGAGAUGGACUAAUCUCCUGUACAGUAUUUUGAGACAAGAAGGCAGAACGGAGACAGUGGAACAGCUGGAGUGGGCUGAUAAAUGUGAACUGCUGCGUAGAAAUCCUGUCACUGCUGCCCGAAUGUUUGAUUUUCGAUGGCACGUCUUCUUAAGAGAAGUUCUUAUGUCUCCUGCCAAUCCCAUCGGUAAGAUUGUAGAUUACUAUUAUCGUGUUGAGUUCCAGCAGCGUGGUUCUCCACAUUGUCAUUGUCUGUUUUGGGUUUCUGGUGCUCCAGUUUUAGACAAGAACACAGAUGAGGAGGUCACUGCAUUCAUUGACAAAUAUGUGACAUGUGAACUUCCUCCUGAAGAAGAUUCACUGUCUGAAGUAGUCUCAUCUGUGCAGCAACAUUCAAAACGACAUUCAAAGACUUGUAAAAAGAAAAAUACUGUUUGUCGUUUUAAUUUUCCACGACCUGCAUCUACUAGAACUUUUAUUAGCCGUGGUGAAAAGUAUCAAGAUGCAGCGAAGACUUGUAAAUGCGAUAAAACCGAUUCUACUGUGCAGUGUCCCUGCUUGUCUCAAGAUAAAGCACGUAAACAAGAAAUGGACAAAGAUGUAGCUAGUGCCAUUUUAACUAAAGUAAAGACUGCUAUUUCUAGUGACGACUGUCCAUAUACCAGUGUGGAAGAUCUGUUUAGAGGCCUGGGUAUUAGCCAGGAAGUAUUUGAAACGGCAUAUAAACGAUUUUGUAGAAAUACACAUGUUGUUUUGAAGAGGCAAAUUAAUGAGAUUUGGAUUAAUCAGUAUAGCAGGUUGCUGUUAAAAGCUUGGAAUGCUAAUAUUGAUAUCCAAUAUUGUGUAGAUGCUUAUGCAUGUUGUGUUUAUAUAGUAUCUUAUAUGUCCAAAAGCGAGCGGGAAAUUGGCCUUCUGCUUGCUAAUUCUCAAAGAGAAGCAGCUAAAGAUAAUGUUAGUGCUAAAGAGGCUUUGAAGACACUCGGAAAUGUUUAUCUUCAUAACCGAGAUGUUUGUGCACAGGAAGCUGUGUACAGACUAACCAACAUGCAUCUAAAAGAGUGUUCUAGAAAAGUAGUUUUUGUUCCCACUGGUGAUAAUGUAGUUAAAAUGAGUUUACCCAUUGCUGUUUUGAGACAAAAGGCAAUGUCACAGGAUCUCAGUACCGACGACAUGUGGAUGUGCGGCAUAGCUGACCGUUAUAAGAACAGACCUAAUGAUGAUACAUUUAAUGACAUGUGCCUUGCGACGUUUGCUUCAGAAUAUCGUGUUUUGAGUAAAAACGAGAAAUGUAAAAACCCUGUACAGUUGAGUAGUGAUUUCGGAUUUGUCGCAAAAAGAACUCGGACUAAGCCAGCCGUUGUUCGUUACGCCCGUUUUUCUGAAACCAGAGAGCCAGAGAAGUUUUAUCAAAGCAUGUUGCAGUUGUUUCUGCCACAUCGCUUUGAUACUGAACUUAAGCCUUCAACCUGUGAAACAUUUGAGGAGUUUUACCGAACCGGUUUUAUUAGAUUCGUUGAUGGAGCAAACCGUUCUGUAAAGUCUGUUGUAGAUUUAAAUCGGGGUAAAUAUGAAAUGGAAUCUGAUAAUUUGGAGGCUGUGGACAAUAUUGUUGGUGAUGCAAUGUUAGAGAAUGCUUGGUGUGAGUUGUGUCCAGAGUUGGAGGUUGAGCGCUUGGAAUGUGUGAAAAUAUUGAAAGAGAACUCACAAACUGUAAACGAUGAUCCAGAAAUUAUCCCAGAUUUGGCUUUGUCAUCUAAGGACAUUGGACGAUUAGAGAAGAGAAACGUAAUAAGUAGAACUGAAGGCCUGGCAUUAAUUAGAUCUUUGAAUGAGAAACAGUUCUCUGUUUUUAAUCAGAUCCGGCAGUGGUGUAUAGAUAAAGUUAAUGGCGUUAAUCCUGAACCACUGCAUAUUUUUGUUACUGGCGGUGCGGGCACAGGGAAAAGUCACUUAAUUCGCGCGAUAGAGUAUGAAGUUAAAAGAUUACUCUCACCUACUUGUAAACAUCCCGACAACACAUGUGUGCUCUUAACAGCUCCCACAGGUAUAGCAGCAUAUAAUUUGGAGGCCACAACAAUCCACUCAACAUUUUCUAUAGGAAAGGAUGUACGCUUACCGUACACUCCUUUGGGUGAAGAGAAGCUCAAUUCUUUGCGUUCUCGAUUUUGCGAUCUCCAGCUUCUCAUUAUAGAUGAAAUAUCAAUGGUAGAUCACAACCUCCUAUCCUAUGUCCAUGGUAGAUUGCGGCAGAUUAAACAAACGGGGAACUUUUCACCUUAUGGAAAUGUCAGUGUUGUGGCUGUUGGAGAUUUUUUCCAGCUACCUCCUGUUAAAGGGAAACCACUCUAUUCUGAUGGUGUAGGUAGCAGCAUAUGGACUGAUUUAUUUAAGGUUGUUGAAUUAACAGAGAUAGUUAGACAAAAAGAUGCAGUGUUUUCCCAGCUGUUAAAUAGGAUUAGGACUCAUUCUAAAGGUCAACCGCUGUUACCUGAGGAUUUACAGAUUCUAAAAACUUGUGAAACCGGUGAGGUGAGCUCAGCCUUGCACAUAUUUGCGACGAAUAAACAAGUAAAUGAGCACAAUAUUAUUCAGUUAUGUCAGACUUGCCCUGAUUAUAUAUCGUUUAAAGCCAAAGAUUAUGUUAAUGAUAAAAAAACUGGCAAGCUGAAGUUGUUGGAAGGUAAUCAUGCUAGAGCUUCGAACACAAAUUUGGCUGAAGAGUUGUUGUUGGGUAAGGGUGCGCGUGUGAUGUUGUGCAAAAAUGUGGAUGUUGCCGAUGGUUUGGUAAACGGGGUCUGUGGUAUUGUGACGGAAAUUAUAAUGCAGGAAAAUGACACCUUUCCUAAAAAGGUAUACGUUCAAUUUGAUGACCAUCGUGUAGGCUUGCAGAGGAGGAAAACCUCCCAGUCUCUGUCAUCAAAUUUAGCUGGUUCCACACCUAUUGAACCAGAAGAGGAAAAAGCCACUGUUAAAGGUGGAUUACGACGUCAAUUUCCUCUCAAACUGGCAUGGGCAUGUACUGUCCACAAAGUACAGGGCUUGACUGUUAACACAGCUGUGGUCAGUCUCAGUAAAAUAUUUGCGCCUGGCCAAGCGUAUGUUGCCCUUAGUCGUGUCACGACUCUUUCUGGGCUCACGAUUCAGAAGUUUGAUGCAAAUAGAAUCUACUGUAAAGAUGACAUCACGGUUGCUGUCAGUAGGAUGGCGCCCCUUCUGAGUGGACAUACACAGUGGGACAGAUUUAACACAUCUGUCUUUACUUUCUUUUUAAUGAAUGUCCAAAGUUUGAAUAGACAUGUUAAAGACUUGGCUUUCUGCACACGGCAUUUGCAACCAAGUUGUAUUGCUGUAACAGAAACAUGGCUGACUACAGCCUGUUCAGAUACGGUAAAGAUUGAUGGGUACAGUUUUUACAACUGUCCACGACAUUUAUCGUAUACUAGUAACCAAGCGGCAUUGGCGGCGUUGCAAGACCAACAACGUGGUGGUGUUGGCAUCUAUACUGCACAAGGAGUGGCCUUUGAACUUUUAAAGCUUCAAGACGUGAACUUGGAGUGUUUAACUUAUAAAUUUGUUAGUUUAAACCUACUAAUGGCUGUAAUUUAUCGGCCCCCUUUGUAUCCUCUUUCUGUAUUCCAAGCAAAUUUAGUAAAGUUGCUUGAUUGGUUGGAGCCUCAAAGUGAGAACGUAUUGCUGAUGGGGGAUUUUAAUGAUGACAUUUUAAAGUCAUCUGCGGUGUUGAAAGUUGUGACUGACAGAGGCUAUGCCCAAAUAGUCACAGAUCCAACCACAGAAAGGGGCACUUUAAUAGAUCACGUUUAUAUAAAAUCAAAGGUUUAUGAAAUGGAGGCAGUUGUUAUGCCAACAUAUUUUAGUGACCAUCAGGGAAUUUUUUGUGGAUUUACACAGUUGUAGCUUUUUUUUCCCUGAUCGGGUCAUCAUGUAUGUCGUAAAAUGGUUUUAGUACUUUGUGGUGAUAAUAGUCAUGUGUCAUUGGAAAUGGCUGUAGUGACUAUAGGUAAUCUGGUCAUCAUGUGUGGUGUUAAAUGGCUGUAGGGAUUUUUAUAGGUAAUCUGGGCAUCAUGUGUGGUGUUAAAUGGCUGUAGGGAUUUUUAUAGGUA